GGUGUGACUGGACCUAGAGGAUCGUCCGGACAAAAGGGAGAACGCGGGGACAGAGGUGAUCAAGGUAGCAGAGGAUCUGAUGGCUCUCGUGGUUCACCAGGAUCACCUGGAUUUACUGGUGUAACUGGUCCUCGAGGUAGUGAUGGUAGAUCUGGUAAUCGUGGUGACAGAGGUCCAGAUGGUUUCACUGGAAGAACGGGCAUACCUGGAUUUACUGGACAAACUGGUUCCCGUGGUUUUGAUGGUAGAGAAGGUUUUACUGGUAGAGCAGGUUUUAACGGUAGAAAUGGUAUGACCGGAAUGACUGGUGUGAGUGGUUUUAAAGGCCAGAAAGGAGAACAAGGUAGUGCUGGUCAAAGAGGUGAUCAAGGUGAUAGAGGAUCUGCUGGAAGCAAUGGAUUAGUUGGUUACACUGGUUUCACUGGGUUUACGGGUAUGAGUGGAGAAAGAGGGUUUCGAGGUGACAAGGGACAGAAAGGUUUACAAGGUGAUGCUGGUCAACGAGGAAGUCAAGGUGUCGAUGGUAGGAAUGGUUUCACUGGUUUUACGGGAUUCACUGGCAUGACUGGUGUAACCGGUAUAAAGGGUGAUAGAGGUGACCGAGGAAAUAAUGGUGGAAAUGGAAUGACGGGUUUUACUGGUAUGACUGGACAAAGAGGUGAUCGUGGGUUCAAUGGUAUGACUGGCUUUACAGGAUUUACCGGUUUCACUGGUAUGUCUGGAAACAGAGGCGACAAGGGACAGAAAGGAGAAAGAGGUAAAGUAUGA